AUGGUUCGCGUCAAAUUUCGCUACCUGGUAGUCAACUUGCUCUACCCUGAGCCUACCACAAAAAGCAACACUCUCCUUCCAGACGUCGUUCAAAUCCACUCCCCCACGCCCGACGCCUUCCACCCUGGGCUCCUCAUACGAAUGAUACGAGACCAAGUACAAGACCUAUACGGCGACUAUGGCAUGGGCAUGAUAUCUGCCGGGCUAAAAGUCAAUUACUACUCGCCCUCCACCAGCACAGUCAUAAUUCGCUGCCCACGCGACCACUACGAGAUGGUAUGGGCAGCGCUGACCUACAUGACACAUCUCCCCAAGCCGAUUGAUAGGCCAGUUGUUAUGCGGGUUGUAAGAGUUAGCGGCACGAUUAGGAAGGCGGAAGAGGAGGUUAUACGGCGGUCGCAGCAAAUUAUCAAGAGAGCGAAAGCUUGGGAGGGGAGUGGCGGGCUGCCCAUGCUGCAAAGUGUGGAGAAGGCUGUAGACAAGGAGAGGAGGAAGGAGGAUGAGGUGUUGGCGCGCGUCGAGCAGGAUACCAGUGACGAGCAGGAUACCGGUGAUGAGAUGAGUGAGUAG